AUGGCGUCGACACAACCCGCUGGAUCUUCCGCCCCAUCAUCCAAUAUCAACUCUCCCAUUUUACCGCCAACAAACCUCCCUUUACCCAAUGGCCCCUUAUCAGAUGUGAACGCGCGAUCCUCCCCCGCCCCUCCAAGCAAUGCAUCCGUGGCAGACAGCGCCAGGUCGAAGCGCAACAAACGUGACAGUCGAAAAAAGCGUGAAGCCAAGGGAUUGGACCCGGAGGCCGCGCCUCCGAAGAAGCGUGCAACCGUGGCGCAAAAUGUAUCGUUACCAAGCUCCGAACUGAGCAUUCUCCGUCCUCUCCUGCUUGCGGAGCCCAGGUCCUCCGACUUAUUACCCCCACAGCCUCGCCAACUGAACUUCGUAACCCGAAAGGCCACAGACGCCCUUGGCCAAAGCUGGGAUUUCUAUGAGGUAGUCGACAAGCUCACGAACAAGAACGGGUUCCGCUACAGCUACGCCAUCGCCGACCCCGGCUUCCCGCAUAUCAAAUAUCGCCAGACCGACGUCCCGCCUUACCAUGCUCGUUUCAGUUUCGAGGAUUCACCCGCCGCAAUCUUGUUCAGCAAGGACGCCCGCGCCGUCACAACGAAUGAACCCUGGCACACGGCGCGUGCCAAUGUCUGUGCCCGCGAAGGCACGUUUUACUACGAGGCUCGCAUCAUCAGUGGCGUGAUGGCGGAGUCGCAGCAGCCACCUACAGAUGGAAACUCCAACUCGCGCGUGCCAUCAAGAGGUCAUGUGCGUCUUGGCUUUGCAAGAAGGGAGGCAGACCUCGACGUUAAUGUCGGCAUCGACUGCUACGGAUAUGGCAUCCGAGACGUGAAUGGGGAAGUGGUCAACCGAAUGCGCUGCGAAUACUUCUUUCCCAAAGGGGAAGCGAUUCGUGAAGGCGAUGUCAUCGGCAUGCUGAUCACGCUUCCUCCGCUCUCGCUUCACAAAAAAGUCGUUGAGGGAACGUACGAUCCGGCAACCGAUGGCGACGCGCCCACGUCCCACGGGGAACCCGUCGCGGCAAAUAUCAUCCGCGACCGCAUACCGUUCCACUACAAGUCUGAUUUCUGCUGGCAGCAGUCAAACGUAUUCGCGACAAAACAGCUACGCGAUUAUGCGUUCAAUCUCAAAGAGACGCCGACCUUUGGGCCCCCGUCACCACUGAACAGCGAGGACGCUUCGCUGCGUACGCUCCCAGGUUCCAGUAUCACAAUCUUCAAGAACGGGGUCAAAAUGGGAACCCCAUUCAAGGAACUGUACGCCUUCCUGCCGCCCGCGAGUCGACUCGCAAAUGGUACCAACAAUCUCGGUCUCGGUGAGCGCGAGAACGCCGAUGACGGCAUGAUUGGGUACUAUCCGGCUGUGAGCUGUUACGGCGGCGGGGCCGUGGAAUGCCGCUUCGAAGGCCCAUGGUGGUUUGAUCCCCCCGCUCAGGGGGAGAACGGCGAGCCGGUCCGAGGCAUUGGCGAGCGCUUCACGGAGCAGAUUGUCGAAGACAUCGUCGCAGACAUUGUCGAUGAGGUCGAGGCGAUGCUUGUUUGGGGUGGGGUCGAUGGCGAUGUCAUUGGCAAUGCGGAGCUGGAUGCCUCGGGGUCCGGUGCUGUCGGGGGCUCGGAAGUGCUCAAGGCCGGCGUGGGAGCGGCGUAUGAAGCUGCUGUGCCAGCGGGCGCUACGAACGGCUCUGCAGCCGUCCCUGAGCACGCAGGAAACGGAAGAGAGUCUCACGACAGCCAUGAAGAUGGCAAGAGCGUCGGUGCCUCAGGCACGCCUGUUGUCGAAGUGCCUGUAGCGGCACCCGAUGCCAUGCAGGUGGAUGAAGAUGUCGAGAUGUCCUAG